AUGGCCGAUCCGGACACCUACCUCCGGCAGCCCUGGCGCAUGGUGCACGGCAUCCCCAUGGUCAGCGCCUUCGCCCACGACUGGGAGCGGGUCGACACCUUCCAGAGCCGCCCUGAGGACAUCGUGGUGGUCACCUUCCCCAAAUCCGGCACCACCUGGGUCAGCGAGAUCGUGGACAUGAUCUUGAAAGGCGGUGACGCCGAAAAAUGCAAACGGGAUGCCAUUGUCAACCGGGUGCCCAUGCUGGAGUUCGCCGCCCCUGGGAAGAUGCCGGCAGGCACGGAGCAGCUGGAGGCCAUGGCGUCCCCUCGCAUCAUCAAGACCCACAUCCCAGCUUGCAUCUUGCCCAAAUCCUUCUGGGAAAACCGCUGCAAGAUGAUCUACGUGGGGCGCAACGCCAAGGACGUGGCCGUCUCCUUCUACCACUUUGACCUGAUGAACAAGCUGCACCCGCACCCCGGGACGUGGGCCCAGUACCUGGAGGAGUUCAUGGCUGGCAGAGUGGCAUAUGGCUCCUGGUACGACCACGUCAAGGACUACUGGGAGCGGAGGAAGGAUCACCCCAUCCUCUACCUCUUCUACGAGGACCUGAAGGAGGUGAGGGACCGGGGUGGAUGGUGGUGUGGGGUCUGGUUUGCCAAGGUGGCCCGGUCCCUGGGGCGGGAGCUGCCGGAGGCAGCGCUGGACGCCAUCACCCGACACACCUCCUUCGAGGCCAUGCGGGACAACCCCACCACCAACUACAGCAUGGUGCCCUCCCACCUCAUGGACCAGGGCAUCUCCCCCUUCAUGCGCAAAGGCACCGCUGGAGACUGGAAGAACCACUUCACCGUGGCCCAGAGCGAGCGCUUUGACCAGGACUACGCACAGAAGAUGUUGGGCACCGACCUGUGCUUCCGCACCCAGAUCUGA